GAUUACACUCAUCCAUCACAGAAGGUUUAUCUACAGAGCAGCUCAGAGCCCCACAGAGCCUGGCAGCAUGGGGAGCAGCAUGUCAUGUUACCCCCAGCACAACUUCAGAUUCUCCAGCAAGAGUUUCAUACGCAGAAACAGCAGCCGCCUGUUUCGCAAGAAGAAUCCCCAAGAGGGACAAGAGAAAUCCAACAGCAUCAUCAAUAUUCUGUGUACCGUCACCCCCAGAAAGGAAAUGUCCCAUAAAGACCUGCAGACGAUAGGAAACAUAAAAUGGGAUCCUCCGUUCCCUUACGACCCGGCCAGCGGCUGGAAGAAGAGCAGCAUCAAUGUGAAGAAUUACGGACGGAUGAUUCACAGCUCCAAAGUUCGUUUCCGCUUCCUGCACUGCCAGGAUAUACAUGAUUGCUACCUGGACCUCUUCCAGACACACCUUCAUUUUGUCUCCAACAACACAACCGGACUGACAUAUCAGGGAACUCUUCCGUUGAAAGAACUCACCAUCUGCAACCUGCAACAGAACUGCAACCACAGCCAACCCCAGGAAUUCGCCUUUCAAAUAAACGGUGUCAGCCUUAACCCCAUCAUCGUCUACUGCGCCAACCAAGAAGAAAUGGACCUGUGGUUCGGCCUGCUUAAAGAAAACAUUGAGGCCAAUGGGGGCACUGCUAUUGCACCUGAAAACUUCACCAGAGUGAAAGUAAACCAGAACGAGACUUCUGAGGGCAGAGAGGAACUGAGGAACUCCAUAAACAGAGAACCCAUCUACGAGUGGGAGGGCUCUCAGCGGGACAGCCUGGGCACCAUCACCUACGUCACGAAAGUCAGACUGCAGCACCUGCCCUGUCAGGAGCAGAGCGACAGACUGCUGGUGAUGUACCCAGCAACGCUGAUCAUCCUAUCAGAGGAGAACGAUGGCCUCUUCUAUAAGGGGAAGCUUCCACUCAACAUGAUUACAGUGACCACACCCUGCCAAGACGUCAAGCCCAACACCUUUAUGAUCGAAGGGAAGUUGAUCAACCCCAUCGUGGUGUCGUGUCUGGAUAGGACCGAGUUCUGCGACUGGAUCCAGCAUUUCAAAAGCGCUGACGUGCCCGUUGUCAGCCCCCCGCCCCCCGUGUAUGACAUCAUCUACACCCCGACGCACAGAGAGGCUCCACAUUUUGAUAGGUGGAGUGGAAACAGCCAUGAACGGUCUGAGUCUCUGAAGUUCAGCCAGUCGCAGAGUGGAUGUGGGUCCCUCAACCUUCAGUUACCCAUCCCCGAGGACAACCCUCUGUCCCCAGGAUACACUGAACCCCUCUGUUACAACUCCAGUCGUCCCUCCUCGGCUGAGACUGCCCGCCUGGGCAGCAGGACCAACAGCAUGUCUUCCCACACCAGGCCCGAGCGUGACCUACGACCUUUGCCCCUACGCUACUCCUCCCCCCAGCGCAGCUCCUACCUCCAGCCUGCAGAGAGCUCAGCGCUAUCUCAGGUCUACAGCACGCCCUACUCUGCCCGACACCGUGCCAGCCCACAGCGGCUAGAGAAGGCCCCGCUCGUCAAGUCCAACAGCUGGAGCACCCCUCAGACAACCCUGAACUACCCCAUGAACGCCCCCCAGCGCCACUCGGACAUGUGUGCCCCACGGCAGCCCUUGUCGCCCCUGUACGAUGAGCCCUGCAGCCCCGAAAUCUACUCAUUGGAUGACGCCAGGCCAGUGCAGCAGAGCUGGCAAGAGUCAAUUCAGCAACACCACCACCAUUAUCAGCAGCAGCAGGGCCCCCAGCUUCUGCCCUCCUCCUUCCAGCUCCGCACCCCUCCUAUGGGCAAGCGCUGCAGGAGAAGCCUGGUCCUGACCAACUCCCAGGGACAGACUCUGGGGCUGGAGAUGGAAACUGCUCAGAGCCAAGCAGAGCAAAGGGCUGAGGCCGUGUCCAGGCUAAAGCUGCUACCUGCUCCCGGCCAAGUGCAAGAGCAGAUCCUCCUCCCGUCGAGCUCUGCGAGGAAUACCUCCCAGAUGCCUUAUGGUUACUCACCAGAUCACCACUCGUACCUCGAACCCACAGAACCAGAUGACCAGGAAAUGGACUAUGACAACAUUUGGGAGUACGACUGUGAUACUGGAAUGAUUCAGCCAACGUCUGGAAUUUCGACACGCUGGACAGGAUUAGACUAUGGGGCCAGAGGCCCUGGUGCCAUGGCAACCCAGCAGAGAUGGUCAUAAAACAAAACAAUAGCCCGGCACUCGUCUGGACGUGUGCAAACAACAGAUCUCUAUCAGAGGGAUAAUAAAAAGCCAACGAGCACAGCCUGUGUUGCUCCUGCUGCAUACAGUAUGAACCAACAAAUCUCAUGAACUCCUUUGUCAGAUGUUGGGUAGUCAAGCAGACGAACAAUGAGUGCAGGAAUGAAGAAGAACGGGCUAAAACCACAACAUCAUGAAAGUGAUAACAGACAGACUUCAACUGCCUGUUUAAUAUGUAGCAUUUAAGACGGCAGAGUGUAUAUACUGUGUAGCUUUAACUUUAUUUUUUAAUGUAUUAUUGUCGUUGCACUAAAGGAUAAUAUGUAGUGCAAGAAUCUCUGUCUUUUUAAAAAUAUAUAUUUGAGUAUUUUCUAACAUGCUGUCCAGUUUACUUAUUGUUCUAUUUUUUAUUUAAAGCUAUAAAAGCAUUCCAUCAGGGCUUGUUAUAGUAAAGGAUGUACAUUUUUGUAAAUGUUGUAAAUUCGUUAUUUUAUUAUGCUACAUUAUCAAGGCAAAUAGAUGUGGCUUCACCAGACUGCCUUAAAGGUGCUAAUACUAAUAGUGCUACUACAGUACUGUACUGAUAUCCUGUGUGGCUUCUUUUUUCAUUUUUGUUUGAGGUGUUUAUUUAUAUUUGGAAAUAAAACUGUAAAAAAGUA